UCCGUUAAGGCUCUUUCCCCCCUCCCCUUCCCCGGAAUGUUGUAAGCAACAAGAAGUUAUACCGGUGUACUGUGAGAAAAUUGAAAGGAGACACUUUGGGAAGCAUUUGGCCAAGUCACCCGAGGGGAACUAAUAAGGGGCUGCCUUUAACUGGGAACAAUCGGAGGCAGGGGCAGAAACGCAAGAUCAGGACUGGCCUACAGAACGGAAAGAGUGAGACGGCGAAGUGGUGGGAGUAAGAGGGGACAGUUGGGGCUGUUUCAGGCCAGUGGGAAGUCGGUCUGAGUCAGCCCGUUGACGAAGAUGAGAACCUUACAGAUUGGAGUUAAAUGUAUUUGAAGUGCGCACUGUUGCUUGCAGGAGUGUGGUGAGGAAUCAGUUCUUUACUUGGCUAGAGGGAUUAAGUGGAAGAAGAUCGGUCUGUUCCAUCAUCUCCUUGUCCUGGGAGAGAAAACAGGACCAAAUCAAGGAUAAAUACCAUUUUGACCCCGGGGUUGGACCGACAGAACCCGGACGACUGGCGGUGAGCAAGACCCGAAGCUCCAUGAAUGGAACUCGGAACCGCAGGACCCGUCGGGGCUCAGCCCCUGUUCAUGGUGCCCAGACGGCCUGGCUGUGGCACCAUGGGCAAACCUAUCAAACUUCUGGCAAACUGCUUCCAAGUCGAAAUUCCAAAGAUUGAUGUCUACCUCUAUGAGGUAGAUAUUAAACCAGAUAAAUGCCCCCGAAGAGUGAACAGGGAGGUUGUGGAUUCUAUGGUCCAGCAUUUUAAGGUGACAAUAUUUGGAGAUCGCAGACCAGUAUAUGAUGGAAAAAAAAGCCUUUAUACAGCGAAUCCAUUGCCUGUAGCUGCCGCUGGAGUGGACUUGGAUGUAACAUUACCAGGAGAAGGUGGAAAAGAUCGCCCCUUUAAAGUGUCUAUAAAAUUUGUGUCACGAGUAAGCUGGCAUUUGCUGCAUGACGUUUUGACAGGGCGGAGUAUGCCAGAGCCACUGGAACUUGACAAACCCAUCAGCACAAACCCUGUACAUGCAGUUGAUGUUGUUUUGCGACACCUUCCCUCCAUGAAGUACACCCCUGUAGGACGUUCCUUUUUUUCUGCCCCUGAAGGGUAUGACCAUCCUUUAGGAGGGGGUAGGGAAGUCUGGUUUGGAUUCCAUCAGUCUGUUCGGCCUGCCAUGUGGAAAAUGAUGCUCAAUAUUGAUGUAUCUGCAACUGCCUUCUACAAAGCACAACCAGUGAUCCAGUUCAUGUGUGAAGUACUUGACAUUCAUAACAUUGAUGAACAACCACGGCCUCUGACUGAUUCUCAUCGGGUAAAAUUCACCAAAGAGAUAAAAGGUUUGAAGGUUGAAGUGACACAUUGUGGAACAAUGAGGAGGAAGUAUCGUGUCUGUAAUGUAACAAGAAGACCUGCCAGUCAUCAAACAUUUCCUUUACAAUUAGAAAAUGGACAGACUGUGGAGCGGACUGUAGCACAAUAUUUCAGAGAGAAGUAUAAUCUUCAGCUGAAAUACCCUCAUCUGCCCUGUCUUCAGGUGGGACAAGAGCAGAAACAUACCUACUUGCCCCUAGAAGUUUGUAAUAUUGUAGCAGGCCAGCGGUGCAUUAAGAAACUGACAGACAAUCAAACAUCAACCAUGAUAAAAGCAACUGCAAGGUCUGCACCAGACAGGCAAGAAGAGAUCAGCAGGCUGGUCAGAAGUGCAAACUAUGAUGCAGAUCCCUUUGUGCAGGAAUUUCAGUUUAAAGUGCGAGAUGAGAUGGCCCAUGUAACAGGACGUGUAUUACCUGCACCCAUGUUACAAUAUGGGGGAAGGAAUCGAACAGUGGCCACACCAAGCCAUGGAGUAUGGGAUAUGCGAGGAAAACAAUUCCACACUGGUGUUGAGAUCAAAAUGUGGGCCAUAGCCUGCUUUGCCACACAAAGGCAAUGCAGAGAAGAAAUUUUGAAGGGUUUCACAGAUCAGCUGCGCAAGAUUUCAAAAGAUGCUGGGAUGCCAAUUCAGGGACAGCCUUGUUUUUGUAAAUAUGCACAAGGUGCGGACAGCGUGGAGCCUAUGUUCCGACACCUUAAGAAUACUUAUUCUGGGCUUCAACUCAUUAUAGUCAUCCUGCCGGGGAAAACACCUGUGUAUGCGGAAGUGAAACGUGUUGGAGAUACUCUUCUUGGCAUGGCCACUCAGUGUGUUCAGGUGAAGAAUGUGAUGAAGACUUCUCCUCAAACUCUUUCCAACCUCUGCCUGAAGAUCAAUGUCAAACUAGGAGGCAUCAAUAAUAUUCUUGUACCUCAUCAACGACCGUCAGUGUUCCAGCAACCAGUGAUUUUCUUAGGAGCCGAUGUUACGCAUCCACCUGCUGGGGAUGGAAAGAAACCCUCUAUUGCUGCCGUUGUAGGUAGUAUGGAUGCCCAUCCAAGUCGGUACUGUGCCACAGUGCGAGUGCAAAGACCCCGUCAAGAAAUUAUCCAUGACCUGGCCUCUAUGGUGCGGGAGCUGCUCAUCCAGUUUUACAAGUCAACCCGCUUCAAACCUACUCGCAUUAUUUUCUACCGAGAUGGUGUGUCUGAGGGACAGUUCCGUCAGGUGUUGUACUAUGAGCUUCUAGCCAUUCGAGAGGCAUGCAUCAGUUUAGAAAAGGAUUAUCAACCAGGAAUCACAUAUGUUGUAGUACAGAAACGUCAUCAUACAAGAUUGUUCUGUGCAGACAGGACUGAGAGGGUUGGCAGAAGUGGCAAUAUUCCUGCUGGAACAACUGUAGACACUGACAUCACUCACCCCUACGAAUUUGAUUUUUACCUUUGCAGCCAUGCUGGAAUACAGGGUACCAGCCGUCCGUCACAUUAUCACGUUUUGUGGGAUGACAAUUGUUUCACUGCAGAUGAGCUGCAGCUACUGACCUACCAGCUCUGUCACACAUAUGUGCGCUGUACACGGUCUGUAUCUAUUCCAGCACCAGCAUAUUAUGCACACCUGGUGGCAUUUAGAGCAAGAUACCAUCUUGUGGACAAAGAACAUGACAGUGCUGAAGGAAGUCAUGUGUCUGGACAGAGUAAUGGCCGUGAUCCUCAAGCUCUUGCCAAGGCAGUACAGAUUCACCAAGACACUUUGCGCACUAUGUACUUUGCUUGAGGGAGAAAGAAGAAGCAGCAAAUAGGUCAGAGAAAAAUACUCACUGAAAGAAAGAAGGAAGAACCAAGAAAUAAAGCCACAUAAAGCCUAUGUUUCCAGUGGGGUCAGUUUAUGAAGGAUGCGCCUUCGAUCAUGCUGUAACCAUCACUGUGUGGGGGCAAGAGUCCUUUUCAUAAACUGGCAUAAGAAGGAUUGUUUACGUCAUUAAGGAACACAGCACUAUUAUGCAAUAUGAAACCAGCCAACUGCUUUGGGGUGCUUUUUGCAGGAAGCACUUCUUUCAUUUUAUUUUGUAGAUGGUAUUUCUUGUAGUUAAGCCCUUGUACCUUUACCUCAAGUUGCUUGGCAGCACAACUCUGUCUUUGCAAAAAAAAAAAAAAAAAGUAAACAGUAAACAACAUUUCAGAAUUGUAAGCAACAGUUACCCUGAUUGUUUACAGAAGUGUGCAAAACAUUUUUGAGGUACCUUUUAAUGCACGUAUGAGCACCCUACACAAAUAUUGCUGUUUGCUUUAACUGGCACUGCUACCUAAAACCCAUCUUUGCACACCUCUGUUCUACAGUCAAUGUCUAGCCAAUUGCUGCCUUCAUAUCGUUUAUCCACAAGCUGAGAGUCCUCAACUACAGAGGCCAGCGAUCCUUUUGUCACUGCCUCUCUUGUUCUCAAAUCAUUCGCAGUUCUUGGUCAUUCUAAUCAGCUCUUUGGUUAAUAGUUUUUUUUUUUUUUUUUUUAGUUAACGCUCCAUAACUGACUUAAUUACGUUAAGUCAGAACUCUCAGUGACAGAACUCAAAAAUCAUGGUUGAAAUAUAAUUUCUGUUUGCCACAUGGUUCAUAGAACCUUGAUAAUCAUAUGCUGGUCUAACUGUAACACAGUGAGACAUUCUUAUUCACCAAUUUACUAUUCCAUCGCCAAAGUAAAUGGCUUAGUCUCUGUCUGUUACCCUCUCUCUUGCUCUCUCUCUUUAUAUAUUUAUAUAUAUUAAGUUGAGGACUCAGAAAAAAAAUAGAAACUUGUUUGCCAGUUUGGUGUUUACUUGCUGCCUCUCACACCUAAAUGUGAUUUCGUUUAUGUUUGUGUGUUGGAGUUUUAGCUUUUUUCUUUAUAUUUAUUAGAGUAAUAAUAAUGCUUAUUAAUUUAAGUAUAAUUACAGAACAUAUUAUUGGCAUCAUCAAUUUUAUUAGUUUUUUUAUUUCGUGAAAUUAUAGCUGUAUAACUUUUAAAAACUGACAACAUUUUGCUAUCGUUUUAGUGCAAUAAGCCGUUGUAAAGGAAAAGAGCCGUGUCUGCUUUAGCUGUAUUAGAGCAGCAUUUUGUACCACUAGCUGUGGAAGACUAGACAUCUCCACUGUUUAAAAGAACAGAAUGAAGAGCCUUAAUUUGAAAAGGAAAGUCUUUUUCCCCUUCCUGAGGUUUGGUGUCCUUUGUAAUAUCGAAAAUUAAAAACUGGGACAGUAGAUGUCUACUGCUUAAAAUGCAUUGUAUCAGCAGAUUACAUUAAUGAUCAUUCCUUUGAUCAUACAUUAAUUCCAAAACUAUAAUAUUGCAGCUGUCUGGUGAGACGAUUAAUAUAGUACCUGAUGUACUAAGAAAGCUUGGAAUCUGUAUAAAAUGAUACUGACAGUUGUCAUUUCUUGGACAGCUGUUUGUAACACCUUUACAGAUCAGGGUUCAGCUGCUGAAGGCAAAAAAAAUGCCAUUAAGGUCAGUAUAACAAAAGAUAAAGAACCAAACUUGUUUACAAAAGAAGUGGGCUUUCCUUUAAAAAAUUAAGCUGUUAGCACAAGUUGCAGUGUAAAACUGAUCCAGACAGAAUUGUAGGGCUGGGACACGAUAUGUUUAACUCACUGAAAUGUGAAGCUGUUUGAAGUAUCGCCAAACUUCUUUUCAUGCAUUCCACUUUGAAAGCUAAAGUUAACUAUAUACUGUAGUGUUGUCACAUAGCAUUCACUGAUCACAUAAGUUGAAAGUAAUCUGGAGAACUUCGCACUUUGUAACUUUUUAAAACUGCAUUCUUUUUCUCUUGCUGUUUUUUUUUUUCUUUCAUUGCACUGGUUUAUUUUGAAAUGCUGCAGAAUGAAAUUGCAAUGGGCAUUGCAUCUGUCCCAGCUCUACUAUCCUUCUUCACAUGAAAACCAAAAACGAGUUACCCAUGAAAACAGAGAGAAAGUAGUUACUGUGGAAGUCCUGCUGUAUAUGUUACAUAAACCUGUACCCUACAUUACUAGGGUAUACAUUUUAACAAACCUGUAACUGAACAACACUAAACUUUACGCUCUUUUAUUGUUUAUAUAUGUAAUUUUAUAAAAGGUUGCAUGAGGAUUAGUCCUUGUGUAUCAGUCCUGAAAAUGUAUGAAGUGAAGCAACCACUGUAUUAAAAAUAUAAUUAAGAUGCAUUUUUGUUACUACAAUAUGUUAAGUCUUUUUUCCCCCCAAGUAUCACAGCAGCAAAAUUUAAAGUUAGCAAGUAUGUAUACUGCAGCAAUACCAUGUUGUCUGUUGUUACUGGCGUAAUUAUGCAAAUUCCUAAAAUAUGUAUUACAGUUUUGAGACUAUAGAUUUGUAUCCCUUGGCCAACAAAAACUUUUCCCCAGUGUUUACCCUACACUCAGAGGUAAACUGUCUUUUGCCUUAAAGAUGACUUGCAAUGGUAAAAAUUAAAAUAUUGCCAAAUCUCAGAUAAUUCAACCUAGAGUCAUGUCUUAUUUUCAUUGUGUUUCAUACUUUUCCAUUUAAUACUUGUAAGUCAGGUAUCACUGACUAGAUUUGUAGUGUAUAGUCUGUCUUAAUUAUUCAUUUCUGCUUAGUACUUUUAAACUUCAACACACUUUGGUGCAAGCAGAUGUAGAAGCAAGUUCAGUUUUCUGCAGAACUCAACAAUACAUAAUCUGGAAUUAGUUUGAAAAGACCCAGGAGCUAGUACUUGUUUAAGUUUUGAUAAUGUUUUUGAGAAUAGUGUGGAAUUCAUGAAUUAUUUACUCCUGAUAAAAGCCCUUUACUUAAUUUUUUCAGCAGAAGUAAAUAUACGUUAUAACCUAUCUAAAGCCCACCCUCACCACAUGCGUACUUUUGCUGCACCAGUACUAAGGUUGUAUAAACAAUAUUCCCUGACUAAAAACCACCCCAUAUAAUGUGCAUGUCUUUGCUGCCUCUAUUCUAACAGUAUAUAAGCAAAGUACUUAUAUGUACACGAGGCAGAUAGAAGUAUAUGACUGAAAAAUGCCUCCACUUCUUCUGAUGGAGGGUUAGGUGAAGUCCACCAGAAAGAUAUGCUGCACAGACCUUCUGCAAGUCUUCUGCCUGGUGUGGUUACCUUCUACCCCUCUUUAAGUACUUAGAACUGCCAACCGUACUCAAACAUAAAGGAGAAUUCCACAGCUUCUGUCCUUUUUUCAGUGGUAGUCUUUGCUUUUGUUAUGUUAGUACCUGAACUUUGAUACAGACUUCCCUCCUUAGCUUGUCAGUCAUUGGAGCUCCCCAUCACAUCUGUAUAUCCUGCCAGAAGUCAGUGUCCUGUACUUAAUUUGCCCACACUAGCCUGGUAGUUAAUUAGUGUCCAUGGUGGCCUAUCUGCUUACAUGUAGUCAGCAGUUGGAGUUCUUUCCCUACUUCACACACAUGCAUUUAGUAUUCUCUACUGGCUUUGACCACUCCCACCCUUUCAGACGUUUGUAACCUUUGGCUUGCUUUUCCAUAUAUUGUCUUUCAAAGAUUGGUGCCCUCUGCUGCCCCAUCCAUGAUCAGUACUUUUACUUUCACUUCUUUAUUUAUGACCUGCUUUAACACCUGACAUAGUGUCAGAAGUCUGAACGGUCCCUAUGUCAUCCAGCUUUCUCACAAUGAUCAGAGUGCAUUUCAGUUUUCCAGGAUUCCCUUUCUGUAUGCCACUGACCAGCUCUUAACCCUUACUCUGCCCCAUUCCAUACCCUUAAAGCCUGCCACCUGAUUUAUAUAAUCCCUGUGCCAAUAGGGUACAUAGUGAUGCUAAGAAAAGUGUCUUGCUUCAUACUGUGGAGGGCUUAGUUCAGCAUACCAUGCUGGAGACCCUUUACAGUGCAAUCCUGUUUCACACUGCCUGCCCUCCUGCCCUCUGCUGGUUUGUUGUUUGUGUAUAACUGAUAGGCCACCGGUAUGAAUCCCAAGCAGUAAAUCCGGUUACAUUGUAAGAUUGUUUGAAAAUAUGCUUUUAACGAUUAAUAUUUUAUGAGUGCCGUGCAUAUUUAAAACUGAUACGUCUUGCUGUAUUUAGCCACUCAUUUCUGUUGCUUUGCAAAAUUAAAACUAUUAAGAAUUCCGAAAGUUUAACAAUAGAAUGAAUACCUCAAAUAGGUUAGAUACUGUAUACAUAUGUUUGCUAGGCCCUUUUUAGAAAUUUUAGAACAAGAUAACACACCAGUAUAAGACAGCAAAUUAAAAUGCUUGUCUUUCUUUUAAAGUAUAGUAUUGUUCAAUUGCAUUUAAUUAGCCAUUUAAUGCAUGGGUUUAGUUUUGCUGCUAGUAUGUGUAAAAGAAAAAAAGUUGUAUUGUUGUUGAUCUGUGUGGUUUUCAAUGAUUUACUGCUUUUUAAUUAUUGACUUUAUUUGCUCAGAUAAGGUUGUCAUGUGAAGAAGGGGUGAUCUGUGGUCUAGGACUGCACAUGUGCUCACAUAGAAGUGCCGAUCAUUGCCUUUGCAAGUGGCUGUAUUAAUAUGGUAACAAGUUACAUGCAUUGAAAGGGCCACAGUACACCACAAUAGCUGCUAUAUUUAUUUAAAUAAGAAGAAACAGACAAUUAUUACUGCACUAAGGAAUUUAAAGAGGACGGGAAUAUAGACUUGUUAAGAGAUGCAAAAUCCCCUCUACAGAAGGUCACUCACUGAUCAACUUGUAGUAGAAACAUUAUAAUUUAUGUAGGCUUUUUCUCUUUUGCAUUUCAGUUCAAGAUCAAGACUGGAGCAUUCAAGACUUCUCUAAAUCAGUAAGUGUUUUGAUUUGGAAAGGGUACCUCAUGUAUGCUCCAUUGUUAUUUUCAGGUCCCUGCAGUCUCACACAGUUAUAUUUCUUUAUGUUUCUUCCUCAGGAGACAGUAAGUAUUCAACUGUCUCCUUGAUUAUUUUAGUAAAAUGUGUAAAGUAACAUUGUGGGAAUGCUGAAGACUGAUGCAUUCAAAGAAAACUGUAAAUAGUUCAAUAAGGAUAUGGAAAAAGUUUGGAAAAGUUUACACUGAUUUUAAAGGAGAAAAAACAUUUUCUUUUUUCAGAAAUGUAAGAUGCAUUGCUGGCAUACAGGAUGUUAAAGGACAUUAUUGCAAUAAUUUGCUGGUUUCAGUAAUGCCUGUCAAACAUGACUGUUAGGUCAUACACUUUCAUAAACUGGAUAUUGGAGAAGUUUUAAAGUUUUUCUUAAGAUUGAUAGAUUAUGUCUUGCAGAUAGCUAGAUUGUGACAGAUGGAGUUUAAUGUGGAUAUCUGAGUCACCCCCACUAGCCCAAGAUCUUGUCUCAGGAUUUCCAGACUGAUAAUGUAGUAGCUGCAGCUAUAAACAGUUUAAUAAUACUAAUAAUUAAAGGCUGUAGUUUGUACACCUCCCAGAAUGCCUUGUUCAUGUUUUAUAUGCUAUGGAAAAUUUUGUAGAGAAGAUACUGUUUCCGAAAAAAACAGUAGCUUUUGGGUAACUACUGCCUUUGUGUAGGAGUAUCUGUUUGACAAGCUUUUGUAAGAUAUCAUGAUGUGCUGCAUAAACUGUUGGACUUGAGCUUUUGUAGUCCUGUGAAAUACUUGGGCAUAUACUGUCAAGGGUUAAAAUGUAGCCUGUGAGAACAUACCCAGUAGUUAUAGGGAUUUUCUACUAGCACUCCAGUGUUUUUGCGCUGGACUCUUACCUUUGCUGAGUUGCUUAAAUCAUGGAUGCCAAAGUUGUCCUCAGCAUUUUUGCAGACAUUUGAUAUAUAUCCUAACUACUUUUGUUCCUGUGCCAGAAAUUAUUGCACAGCUGCUGCUUAGACUUAAAAAGGUUAUACUGACCUUUUCACGACUCGUAUGAAUGGAUAAAUGAUUGAUCUCAAAAUCUGGUGCAUUUCUUUUUUUUUCUUUUAUGUAUUUAUACAUAUAGCACAUUGUCAAAUCGUAAGUAUGGCAGUGAUCAGACAUUGAACCAUGUUGAUGUCAGUAUUUUGCUAGUAGAAAGUCUUUAUAACGCCACAAUAUCUUUGCCAUUAAAAACUGAAAGUACAGAUUAAAGAGUGGGCAGGACUCUACAUUAACUGUUCUAGAGUAACUGCAGUUGUCUUAGAAGUAUCCCCCUUCUCCACUCUGUGGGUUUUGGGGAGUUAAAAACAGUAUGCCAGAACUUGGGACCAGAUUAAUAAAAUUGAAAAAGAAAAAAAAAAAAGAAAAAAUGGAACAAGAGUCUCAUUCAUUGAAACAUUGCAAAUGGUUUCCUAAAGCUUUCUCAGUUUUAAAAACUGGCAUCUGCAUAUGGUAUUGGUUUUGUAUUGAUUUAUAUGACAGAACUAUUGUGACAAACUUGUAGAACUUCAGGAUGCUAAAGAAUGUACAAAUACACCAGCUAAUGUGGAGUCUUGUUGAGUUGUCAAUUUAUUUUCCUAUUUUUUGAGGAUUUUGGUUUAAGUCAGUCCUCGGAAAGUGCCUUUUCAGAAGUUGGUGCUGUAGAAAUUUUAUUUUCAAUCCUUGUGUGGCUGAAAAAAAGUUAUAAAAAUGCCAAGAGUUCAACAGUAUCAGUUAGUACUUAACUUUUUUAUGUGUCUUAGGACCAAGAUGAAAGUUACUGCAAUGAAUGCCUUUGUAGAAUGGUCACCAAACAUAACUUUUCUAAUUUUAAAUUUUACCUACUGUCAUAAAACCUAAGUAUAAAGUCAUCGUGUAAAUGGAAGUUGUAAUUCCAGAAGAGUGUGCUUUGCAUUUAAAAUUGUGAUGCACCAUUUUUAAAUGACACAGGACCUGUUCUUUUUUUUUAAAUUUUGCAGGAGUGCAGCCUUCACAGUGUAUGUGCUCUGUAAUAUUUAGGUGCUGGACUCCGUUUAGUUAUAAACUCCUGUUGAUGUUCUUUGGGGAGUUCGGUUGUAUGGACACAGAAUUCAAAUAUUUUAGCACCAUGACUACCAAUAAUAUCAAAUUAAUUUUUAAUUUAAUAAUUACUGUUCAUAGAUAACCUUUUUAGCAUGAGCAGUAUUUUGUAAACAAUACAUUCUGGAGAAAAAGUUGCAAAAAAUGUGGAUAUUUCACUCUAGUGGUGAUCCAGUAGUGUUUCUUUCUUAGAUGAGUUGUGUUUGGUGAGCAUUCUUGUAUCUAAGAUGAGACUAGACCAGGUUAUGAACACUGCACCUCAGUAAAUUUGUAAUGCUGCAUUAAGAAAUAAAUAAUAGUAAGUACUGCUUUGGUAACGUUGUAUUAUGCCGCAUAUUUGCAAAAACAUUCACUUUAAAAUUAUUUCAUGUGUGUAAAAAAUAGUCUUAAAAGUUUUCAUCAUUGACUUUUUCAUUUUGCUGAUGCUCUUUAUUUUUGUAACUCUCCUUUCUUUAACCAUGGUUUCACUAUAUAUAAUAUUUGUUGUUGUGUUUGCCAGGGCAAGAGGGAAAAUAAUGUGCAAACUUCUUCCCUUCUUGGAUUUGCUUCAUUGUAAGAAAAUGUAUUGCUAAAACUGACUAAUUGAAUAUGAUUUUUAUAUUAUAGUAAUGUCUAAAUUAAAAGUAAGUAUAUCAGA